AGCAAAACAACAAAAAAAUAUAUUUAGAAAGAAAAAAACAAUUUAUUUUUAUGAUAUCGAAGAGUGAAAAAUGAAUGAAAAGUUUGGAUUUUUAAGUAAUUUUCCAGGACUCAACCUGAAGCUGAAGAAAAAAGCAAAUCACGUUCCUAUCAGAGGAGAACUGACUGAUAACCCACCAAUAAGACAAAAUGAUGCUCUCCUUACUGACGACGAUGACAGUUCAAAUGACAGUGAUAACAACAUUCCGAAAGAAGUGUCAAAAAAAGAGAAAAGUAAACCAAUAAUUAACAGAAUUCUUGAAAGCAGCACAUCAUCAAAUCUGACCAAUGGAGCUGUUGUUCCUGAGAAUAUUUCAAGUCCUCUGAAGAAUUUGAGUAUACGCGACACUCCAGUUAAAAAACAUAAAAGGUCAAGUGGUCGAGUUACAUUGGCAGAAACUGUUGUCGGCUCAUUUUCCGGCAAUGAUUUGUGUUCACAAAUGAGUGAGAUGAAUGUCAAGACAAAGGAAAGACAAGAAAAACUUCUCACACCGAAAAAUCGUAAUAAAGUUCGAGAUACUGUCAUCGGAUCUUUUAGCGACUUGGACGAGGACGAAGUUAAAAGUAAACUUCCUGACACUGUAAUCGGUUCAUUUCCUGACAAAUCAUCGACGAGAAAAAGUAAAGAGAAUGCUAAAGUUCUAAAAAUUCGUAAAAGAAGAGAACUUCGUGAUACAAUCGUUGGACCAUUUUCAGAUUCAGAAGAUGAACAAGAAGGCAAUAAGAAGAAUGAAGUUCCUGACACGGUAAUUGGAUCGUUUGGUGAAUUAUCAAAUGUUAAAGUUCAACCGAAAGUUGUUAAUAAGAAACCUCGACCACCAAAACCUUCACUGCCAGAAACUGUCAUUGGAUUCUCUGAAUCAAUGAUGCGAACAUCUUCAUCGUUCAUACUCACAUCAACGAAAAUUCAACAAAAGAUUCCAAAAAAAGAUGAAAAUGAAGAGAUUUAUUCUGAAAGUGAUGAUAAUGAUGAUGAAGGAGAUGAAGAAGAUGUCAUCACAAUAUCAGACUCUGAUGAAGAAGACAUUUCAGUGGACGAGCCUCCACUUCAAGACAAAUCUCAUUUCAAUUGUUCAACUUUAUGCAAUCCUGAUGAAAGUGUCAGUGACAAACGUGAAAGUGACACAACUUUGAAUAGAUUUUUCAAUAAUCCACCUUCGAUUAAAAAUCCUGAUCAUGUUGUGACACAUUCAGUGAUAAGAGGAACGAGAACCAUCGAAACUGUUGAGAAAGAAGUUCGAAAUUUGAAUGUUAGUGGUGAUAGAUUGAACAACAUUGAAGAAGCUGAUGAGAACUUCGGCGAUGAAAUUGAAAUCGGUGAGACUGACUUGUCUGAUGUUCAACAAACACCACAAGAAGAAAAUAAAGAAAAGGAGAAGAAUUCUGACGCGCAAACGUUAAUUCCAAGUCAAUCAGAAGUCGUUUCAAGUGAAGAACUUUCCGAAUCAAAGAUCAAACGUAUUAAAGGCAAAAUCAACAUCUCAGCACAUAUCAAUAUAAACUUAAAGAUUCGAAUUCCAAGCGAUGACACAACUUCGAGUUCAUCUGACGAAAGUUCUUCAGAUUCAUCGCCAGAAAAGCCAAAAUCAACAUCGAAACGUAAUGAAUCAAAUAUCAACAUAAAUUUAGAGAAACAGAAAGGAAUGCAAGGAAAUGUUCAAAUUAAAACACCAACAAACUUAAAAUCUGAUCGAAUUGACAUCACAAAGCAAAAUGAAACAACUCCAAAGACACCAGAAAUUGUUCUCGACGAUGAUCUCCAAGAAAUUCUUACAAAUCUUUAUGGCGAAACAUGGAAAACGCCGCAAUUAUUGCGAUCAUGUAAAUCAAAGAAAGUCCGUCAAAAUUUAAGAAAAUCGAUUCAUGCCAAUAAUUUUCAGAAUUUUAUUCAAGAUCUUCCAAAAGAAAUUGAAUCACCAAAAAUCUCAUCAGAUGAAGAUGAAGUUAAACUUUCGACACCAAAAGCUCCAAUCAUAAGUUCAACGAAAAAGAAGAAUUUGCCAAGCAGCACGAAGACAACUCCACGUUAUCUCGAGAUUUGUGAUUCAGAUACACCAUCGGAAGAUUCUUCUGGCGAUGAUUUUAAUCCCAAUGAGACUUGGAAUGCAAGUUCUGAUGAAGAAUAUAAAAGUGAAGGUGAAAGAAUUAAAAAGCGAAACGUUUCACGUAAAAGUCAUAAAGAUGAAGAAAUAAUUUUUGUUCCAAAUAAUUCCGACGAUGACAGAGAGAAAAAGUUGGAUGAGCUUUUAUAUCGUUACGAGUUUAAGAAACCGCAAGGAAUGCAAACGCCCGACAUGAAGAAACCAUCCAAAAGAAAGCUUUUUACACAUUCACAUUACGAAGAUGAGGACGAAGUUGUUGCUGACGAAAGGAAUGAAAGGAAUGAAGAUGCAAGAAGCAGCGAUAAAGAAAAUGAAUUAAACACGAUUGAAGUGAUUUUCCCUCGUCCACUUCCACGUCCAUUGCCAUCGAAUAUCAAAGAUUCUGGUAAAAAAAAGUCGCCAUCAGUGAAAAAUACGAAAACGACACCAAAAUCUAAAACGCAAACACCGAAAUUAAAUUUAUUUCCCAUCAAUAAGUUCGGAACUUACAGCUUCUUAAAGUCACUUGACGCUGAAGGAAGUCAACUGUUAUGCGAUCCCGAAGCGCUUUCAUAUCGCAAGAAUUACAAAUCGAAGAAAAACGAAUUAACUGAAAAGUUAUUCAAAUUAUAUAAUGAGAAAGUAUUUGAUGGACAACUCUCAGAAGUUCAAGUGAUUUGGAACAAGAAACUUCUCAACACAGCUGGGCGAUGCAACAAUUGUCGUCGCAAUGGCAUUCGUGAAAGUAAAAUUGAUUUAAGCGACAAAGUAUUGACAUCGGCUGAUCGUCUUCGAUGUACUUUAAUUCAUGAGAUGUGUCAUGCAGCAACGUGGAUUUUGAAUGGCGGAAAUGGGCAUGGAGCGACAUGGAAAGCGUGGGCGUCGAAGGCAAAUCAAACAUUCCCUGAAUUACCGAAGAUUAAUGUUUGUCACAAUUAUAUUAUUGAAUAUCGCUACACUUAUCAAUGUGUCAACUGCAAAGCGAAGCAUCAAGCACAUUCAAAGAGUAAGAAAGUCGAAAACAUUCGCUGUUCAGUUUGCAAAGGUCCAAUUGAACUGUUUUUGAAUAAAAAGAACAAAGACGGGGAAGUUGUGAUUACGCCAGUCGCUAAAGAAGUUCGUGGAUUCCCAAAAUUCGUUAAGAUGAAGUACAAAGAAGUUAAAACACCGAGCAAAAGUCACAAAGAUGUCAUGCAAAUUCUCUCAUCACAAUUUGCAAGUUUGACAGUUGAACAAAAGCAAAAUCUUUAAUUUUUCCAAUUACCGUAUGUAAAUAAAAAGAGAAGAAAUAAAAAUUUAUUUUCAUCAAACUUAA